CGCAUCCUGGCCCACUAUCACUCGGCUCUCACUGCCAGCUUUAACUCAGCAUCCAUAUUUUUCGCAUCCGCGUGGGAGAGAGAGAGAGAGGGGGGAGAGAGAAAGAGAGAGAGAGAGAGAGCAAAGGGAGUGGCAGACGCUGACAAAUCUCAUGCCGGGAAGCCGACUGAGCCAUCCCUGCACAUCUGAAGUUUGCCGGCGCCGACUCAUUCAUAAUUCGCAGGAUUUGGACUUCUUAAGUCCCGCAGGUAGAAUGGAGAGGGAUAUCCGCCAUCCUCACAUUUAGUGCCUCGAAAGGGAAAAAAAGAAAAGAAAGAAAAGAAAAAAACCUUAAUAAGCUGCGAAACUUGAAGUUUCUCCAGUGGACAUAAUGAACAUGCUGAAGUCCAGUGGCUUGAAGAUCCCUGGCAGGGGUCCUAAACACUCCAGUCCAGUGGGACGAACAACUGUUGGCCCAUCAACCAGUCCUGCGGCUCAAAAAGACAGUUGCCCCUACAGGCAGACGACUCCCACCCCCUCUAGCAACACUUCAGACAAGUCCAGCUCUAAAGCCUCUGAGGUGGGUGAUGAGGUGGCUGGGGACUUUGUGGUCGGUGAACGUGUAUGGGUGAACGGAGUCAAACCAGGAGUUAUCGCCUAUCUUGGAGAGACCCAGUUUUCCCCGGGACAGUGGGCUGGAGUGGUGCUGAAUGACCUAGUUGGCAAAAAUGACGGCUCCGUCAAUGGGGUGCGUUACUUUGAGUGCCAGGCUUUGCAGGGCAUCUUCACCAGGCCUUCCAAGCUCACGCGGCAACCCAUCGGAGACGGGAGCGACGAGCAGCAGCAGAACGCGCAGCUGCAGGGAGGUGCGGGAGCAUCCGGCCAGCGUGUGGUCAUGCCGCUCAGAGAAGGCAUGCUCAACAGCUCCGUCAAAACCGGCAAUGAGUCAGGAUCCAAUAUGUCUGACAGUGGAUCCGUGAAGAAAGGUGGAGAAAAGGACCUUAAGGUUGGAGAUCGAGUGCUGGUUGGUGGAACUAAAACAGGAGUAGUGCGUUAUGUGGGAGAGACUGACUUUGCCAAGGGCGAGUGGUGUGGAGUGGAGCUGGACGAGCCGCUAGGGAAAAACGAUGGAGCUGUAGCUGGAACCAGAUAUUUUCAGUGCCCACAUAAGUUUGGCCUUUUUGCUCCAAUUCACAAAGUGAUCCGCAUUGGCUUCCCAUCCACCAGUCCAGCUAAAGCUAAGAAGAGCAAGCGAAUGGCAAUGGGUGUGUCAUCUCUGGUUCACAGCCCCUCCAGCUCCUCCAUCAGCUCCGUCAGCUCUGUGGCCUCCAGCGUGGGGGGGCGUCCCAGUCGCACCGGCCUGCUGACAGAGACGUCGUCGAGGUACGCGCGGAAGAUCUCAGGGACCACGGCUCUGCAGGAAGCCUUGAAGGAGAAACAGCAGCACAUAGAGCAGCUCCUGGCCGAGAGAGACCUGGAGCGGGCCGAGGUCGCAAAGGCAACCAGCCAUAUCUGCGAGGUGGAAAAAGAGCUGACGGCUCUGAAGGCCCGACAUCUGCAGUAUGCAACUGAGGCAGAGAGCAAUCUACAGCAAGUCGGAGCCAUGUUGGCGAGCACACAGAAAGACAAAAUGGAACUGGCCAAUCAGCUUGAAGAAGAGAAAAGGAAGGUGGAAGAUCUUCAGUUCAGAGUUGAGGAAGAGUCCAUCACCAAAGGAGACCUGGAGACUCAGACCAAACUGGAGCAUGCCCGUAUUCGGCAGCUCGAACAGUGUCUGCAUUUAGAAAAGUCCAAAGCAGAGCGGCUUCAGAAAGAGUUAGAGGAAAAGAUGCAAACUACAGUUGAGGAGAAGAGUCGUGUUAUGCAGCUAGAAGAGGAAUUGGCAUUGCACAAGGCUGAGGUCGAGGAGCUCCAGGCUCGGCUUCAGAGAGGCUCCUCCGGUCCGGGCGCAGACGCUGGAGACAGCGGACCAGGCAUAAGCUCAGAGACUCUGGUUUUGCGAGAACAGCUUCUUUCUGCAGGUCGUGAACGCCGUGAAGAGAGCAGCCAGCUGCGCGAGAGGUACGAAGCAUCUUUGAGCAGCAGCCAGAAAGAAGUCGAACGUCUUAAAGCCACCACAGAACGUCAGAGCCAAGAGAUCUCCGACCUGAAGCAAAGACUUCAGCAAGCCACUCGUGAAAACAUGGAGAUGAUGGACAGCUGGAAAGCCAAACUUGACGCUUUGGUCGGAGACCAUCAACGGGCUCUAGUGGAACUAAAAGCCUCGCUAUCAGGAGAUCGUGGAGCCAGUGAGACCAGUGGAGCAGAGGGUGAAGGAACCACACCUGAGAUGAGAGCAGCUCUGGAGAGCUUAAAGAUGGAACAGCAAUUGGAAUUAGAGAACCUGAAGGCCAAACAUGAGAUUGAUGUUGCCGUGAUGGCCAAAGAGCGUGAAGAUCUACGUGCCAGACUUCAGGAACUGCGGGACCAGCAAGAGGAGAGUGAGGAGAACUGGAAGAUCCAGCUGGAAGCCAAGAGCAACCAGGAGUCUCUGGAGCUCAAAGAGAUCUCGGCGAAGCUUCAGAAGGCGGAGCUGAGGAUCAGCGAGUUGGAUAAGUCCCGUGAAGAGCAGGAAAGGGCCACCCAUCUUCUCAAAGAGCAGCUAGAGCUGGCUGAGAAGAAGAUGGUAGAUUAUGAGGCCCUGCAGAAGGCUGAAGCUCAGAGCCGAGCAGAGAUCCUCUCUCUGCAGGAGAAGCUGAGAGUCAAUGAGAACCGACUCCAAGCUGUAGAGGCGGACCACACCACCCAGGAUGUUAACAUGAUCAAAAACAAUGAAAACUCGGAAGAGAAGAUUAAACUAAAGCAGAAUAUGGAAGAAACCCUGGAGAAACUCACAAAAAGGGAAAAAGAAGUAUCCACUCUAACAACCCAAGUAGAUUCCCUGAAGACCCAAAUAACUGCCUUGGAGGAAAAGGUUCGUUUGGGAGAGAAGACGGCAGAUGGACUCGUUAUGGAAAAGACACGCUUGGAGGCAGAGCUGGAGUCCAUGACCAAGAAAUCCCAUGAUGCAUCAGGCCAGCUGGUGGUUAUUAGCCAGGAGCUUCUGAAGAAAGAGAGGAGUCUGAAUGAACUUCGGGUGUUAUUGCUGGAAUCUCCGCGUCACUCAGCGGGAGUGGAUUGGGAAAUUAGCCGUGAAGUCCACCGCGCCGAGUGGAGGAUGAAGGAGCAGAAAUUACAGGAUGACAUCAAAACCCUCCGAGAGAAACUUUUGCUGCUGGGUCGGGAGAGGUCCUCUCCAGACCACCGUCGAUACUCGAUGAUGGACCCGUCUGCUUCAGACACAGAGGUGACCCGUCUGCGUCAAAGGCUGCUGAGCACAGAAGAUGCCCUGAGGAACGCUCUAGAACACAACCAACAUGUGGACCAGCUAGUGCAGGCCAUGCGCACCCGUCCGGACAAGAACCAGGCUCAUGCUAGUGCAAAUUCUGCAAAUGGAAUCCAUCAAGAAGACACUUCGUUCACACGAGAGGAAGAACACUGAUGAGGGCUAAAACGGUUCUCAGGAGGUGCAUUGGAAAAGAUGAAGCCAAUUUGAUGCCUAGACGUUUGGACUAAUGCUUCACUGGACAUCUGUUUACAGUUAACACCAAAACCUGACUUUUUUAGAGGCACAAACAAAAACCACAAAUCGGAGAGUAUCUAAGAUGAUCUGACAUGCUAUAAAAAGACAUAAUAGAAGUGGUUUUGAAGGUCAGUGGUACAGCACGGACAAACUGACGCACCGACCCGGUAGACUACCUCCGAGAUGGACACUGAUGUCUGACUUAACAGACGCAAGAAUGUUGGUCAGGAUACUCGAAUGCUCGGAUAAACCAGUACCCUGUUAUACUCUCAGUCGACUGUGACCGUUUGGAGUUUAGAAAACAUUUGGGCCUCGAUUUAUACGGUUUAAUUUAUUAGCCAUUUAUGCUUUUUAAAAAUGGUAUGUUCAAAGACUCCCAGCAAAAGCUGUGAAGGUCUUUGGCUGGUCACUGGUCACUAGAUACUGUAGCAAACAAGUAAAUAAAACAGACAGGCUCCGUUAUUCUACACCUGCUCAUAUCUGUGUUGAUUUCUUUUUCUUUGAUUUUUUUUGAGACAUGAAUUUUAAAGUAUGAAUUAUACAGUAUUCAGGAACCAUGGUCAACAGAAUUUGCAAGUUAAGAUGCACCGUGAAGCUUCAAAAACCAGUAUUGCAGUUCCAGUCCAUAUUAGUGCAUACUUUGGUACUAUUAUAAAAUAUUAGCAUACAAUGGCAACUUCCAACCUGUAGUUCAGUUCAAAUGAACAUUGAAUCCACAGCUUUUGAUACUUGUUUUGAAUCCUUUGCUGAGUGAUUUCAUUCUUUUGAAUCAGUUGGAGGUGAGAAUUGGAGAAUCUUUUCUUGAUGGGCUUGAGAGGAGGUAUUACACGCACAAGUGAUAUGAAUCGAACAGUUUUGAGACUCUAUGAAUUAUUUUUCAUUGAAAUGACAUUUUGAUCAUAUGGCAAAUGUUUUACCGCUAUGAUAUUGUUAGAUUUAGAUUUUCUUUAGAAACGUGUGAAUAGCAUGUUAAUUAACAUGCCCACAUUUGAUUUAAUAAAGUAAAAAAAGUAAAAUAAAUAAAUAGCAUAUUACAUUUUUUUGUCAUAUGCAAGUCAGUUUAUUUUGAUAAAAAGAAAGGAUCACCUGUAGUACCCCCCCUUGGGAGAUCAAAAAAGACUGUUUAACAUUUGUACUAUGAUCCGAUUUCUCUGUCCAUCCAGAUCUCUCUAGUAACAAAUCUGAUCUUAAAACAGAUGCAGUACAAAACAUAACUGCAAUCCCAUAAAUCAGUGUCUGCUCAAUGGUAUUCCGGAAUUUACUCCCCUUUGAAAAAACCAUGUGGAUGAAAUACUGUGCAAUUAGGUCAUGUUUGUUCAUUAAGCAACAUAAUACUGAUGUGAUUGCCAUUAGAACCAAGAAAACAUUUCUUUUAAAAAAGGACUAGGGAAAAUGAUAGGGCUGGCCCCAAGUUUUGCAGUUGAAAUUUCUUUAGAUUGCAGCUGGAUUCCAUAAAAAUGCCUUUAUCCUUUGGGAAACUCACCACUUGCUGUAAUGAUUCCCAAGAAUCAGUGAUUAAAUAUUAACAAAGAGA